AACAAGAUGAUAUUUGGAUAUUUGUUAAAACAGAUAUGUAUAAUCUAAUGUACUCAAUUAAGUCGAAUCAUAAUUUAACAAGAUUGACGCUUUUCCGCGCAUAGCGCGAAUACUAAUUUUAAUAACAUUAGAAGUUUUAAUUUUUACCAUUUUUAUACUAGUUAUAAUAAUGACACACACUCCAAUUAUGGUGUUUUGAGCUCUCUCUUAAUCACUUACACUGCCGGCGAUCUCCCUUAGUUGCAGAUUUGGGAAUAUGGGCCCACCGAAGUCCGUGCGUACAAUAUCUCAAGAAGCGUUCGAUGAAUUGGUUCAGGAAAAUAUUGAAGAUCUUGGAAUGGACCCCACUGAAGCCCUUCAAGACGCUAUUCAAACUCUAAAUCUCCAAGGCGUUGAUCUCUCCGGGAUCGUAACUAGCAUUGGGGAGGAAAAUCCGGUAAUUGAAUCACUUGAGAGACUGAAGGAAUUGGAUGGUGAUUGGAAGGAGGGAGGCGGGGAUGAGAAGGAAACUGUUGAAUGGUUAGAUAAAUUGAAUGAUGCGUGUAAUGUUGAUGGAUCAGGAAAUGCUGCUAUAGCAACUAAGAAAGGUGCUCUACAAUUGGUGUGUUCCAUAUGCUCUAAACUUGCGAGCGACGGCCUUGUUUCAGCUCUCAACACAUUGGUUUCUUUACUUCAUGAUCUACAGAGCACUGAAAUAUUUAGGGAGAUUGAUGGUCCAAGGAUGGUUAUGAAUAUCCUAAACAAUACGAAAGAAAACUCAAGCGUCUUGAACAGUGGAUUCUCUGUUGUUUCUGCAGCUGCAACUGGUAAUGAGGUCCUCAAGGAGGCAUUUAUGAACUUGAAAAUUGAUGAGCUGAUUCAUCAAUGUUUAAGAGAAUUUAGUAGGGGGAGCAUUCCUUAUUUAUAUGAUGCUGUACGAGUCCUGCUAACAUCUGAUGAUAAUCGUGUUGUGGCCUCUGAAGUUUAUGGGUACGCCAGAAAGUUUGCAAAAAUAGGAAUUGUUGAAGCACUUGUUGAUUCACUUCAUGAAGGGAUCAAGUCGCCUAGUCUGGUGUCUGCAAGUGUUGCUUUAAAGGCUGUUGCUGUUAAUGAUGAAAUAUGCAGAGCCGUUGCAGAUAAUGGUGGUAUAGGUGCAAUUCUUCGAUGUAUAGAUGACAGCGGUGAACAGGGUGAAAAAGUCGUAGCCAGAACUUGCUGCUCCUUGUUAUCUAAGUUGGCAGGAAGUGACUCAAACAAGAGUGCUAUUGUAGAUAGGGGUGGUAUGGACAAGCUUAUUAAACUUGCAAUGAGAUUUUCCGAUGAUCCGAAUGUGCUACAAGAGGUCAUGUCUUUGAUAACUGUACUGUCCUUGAGGUCUCCGCAUAAUGCUUCGCGUGCAAUUGAAGCCGGAGCUGGUGAUAUGGUUAUCCAAGCUAUGCAGAGGUUUCCAGAAUCAGAGCUACUGCAAAGAAGCUGCUGUUUCAUGAUUCGAAACCUUGUGGUUAGGAAUCCAGAAAACAGAACUAUUUUGCUUGGUAAUGGCAUUGAGAAGCUCAUCAGAAAGGCAAAGAUUUACAAGAGCUGUAAGAAUGCUGCAACCGAUGCACUUAGGGAUCUAGGACUAGAUAACUAUAACUUGUAGUCCAACCAGGAGUCCAAGCCCAAUUUUUGUAAUACUUAUUAUAGCCCUAUCAAUUGAAAGAGAGUAUUUUAUGCUUAAAAGAUGAAUGCCAUUAGAACGGCUUCAUGAUUUUGAUUUGGAUUGUAACUCAAAUAUCUUCCGUAUCUUAUUUAAGUGUCCAAGUGCAACUUCUAAUACAA